CAGUUUUCUAUGCAAAGUCUGAUAAAAUAUGGUGUAGUUUUAUACAAGAAUGUCUUCAUAAAAGUACAUUCUCCCAUACAGACCUCCUAAAGACGUCUGUGCCGCCGUCCUGUUUUCUUUCUUUCGCUCCUUGUGUGGUAAAGAGAGAGAGAGAGAGAGAGAGAGGGAGAAAGAGAGAAAGAGAGCACAGUGCGCGACUGUUGUGGCUCAUAUAAUCCACAGAGCUCUGGUUGUACGAAAUUUAAAUGAGAAGACGACCCAUUCGACUCUGUUCCAGGUCGUCGCGUGUCGCUCGGAUUGGCGCUGAUCCCCCUUCCCUUCGCCUCUGCGAAAUUCGACGGCAGGAAAACGGCGCUUUUCCCUAAGCUGGCAGCGGGGCAUGUUUUCCCACCGACCGGCUCCGCCAGUCAGCCCGUCGACUCGUUGCGGAGCGUUGCUACAGCGAAGCGGAGCGGGUCGCGCAAGCCGAGUGAAGACCACGAACAACGAACGUUCGGAGAAGCCGAAUCGCUCCGCUCGUAGCUGUGACCAGUCACAUUAACGUAACGAUAGUAUUUCCAAGAGAGGCGAAAUUGCUUCUGGACGUCCGGUCACAGUUUCUCACGGAAAUCGUUGCGUUACAAGCGAUAUCGAUACCCCCGUUCGUGCCGUAUCGACCGUAUCGACAUCCAAGAGGGGAGCGAAGCCUCCGACGAAGACGUGACGUCAACUUCACCCGAUAUAACCCGAGCGCACGAGAGAGAGAAAGAGAGAAGUUGGCAAGACAGACGCGGCAUAAGUAAGGCGACGAGCCCGGCGUUAUCAGCGGAUCCCUCCAAUCGCGCGCUCGUCACGAACGCUCCACCCCAAAGAUGACCGCUGGAAUGUUGGAAUACAGGGAUUUUGGAGGAGCCUUAAAAGAUCCGACCCCUGUGCCGAAAGCAACGGCAAACGAGAGCGGCAAUGAAUUGAUGACAGGUCGCGACGAUGUGGACUAUACGGAUUAUCGGUUCGAGUCCGCAAGAUUGGACAGUUUCGCUGAAUGGCCGUUGACGUAUCUGGAUCGGGAGACACUCGCAGCGGCUGGCUUUUACUACACCGGUAAGACGGACGCGGUGAAAUGUUUCGAAUGCCACUUGACACUGUGCAAAUGGUCGAAAAGCGACAAUCCCUGGGUGGACCACCAGCGAUUCUCCGAGAGAUGCAGGUUCCUCCGCGGCAUCCCCUGUGGAAACGUGCCGAUCAACGUUGAUCCCGACACCGUAGCGCCACCGGAACCGAGAACCCGCGACUACUGCGGCAUUUAUGGUGUGCAAUAUCGGCCGAACGCCGUCGUCGACACUCCCGUCGAGGUUUAUUUCGAGAAAACCGAGAAACCGAAUACGAUCAACCUCAACGAGCUGCGAGAGGCGAGACAUCCUGAAUACGCCAACGUCAGCGACCGAGUGGCCACGUUCGCGACAUGGCCGGAGGGGAAGGUUCAAACGAAGGAACAGUUGGCGGAUGCCGGCUUUUAUUAUUCCAAAGUGGGGGACAGAACGAUCUGUUACUAUUGCGGGGGAGGCCUGGAAGGCUGGGAACCGAACGAUGUGCCUUUGCAGGAACACAUCAAGUGGUUCGCCAAAUGCAAAUACGCCUUGCUCAAACUGGAGAGUGAGAAGACCAACUCCACCGCGUCAUCUCACAUAUGAUGUCACCCGAUAAUAAGAUGAGGCUAUUUCGACAAUUGCAUACGAGGGGAGUCGCGUUAAUUGUCCGAUAUGCAAUGCAACAAAUAUGAAACGAUAAUUGAACUCUAACUUGUUUCAGGAACCCUUAAACGGGGUGUUAACGGAUCGAAAGAGAGAGAAGGAAGGAGAGGGGGAGAAAGAUGCCGAAGAUAACCACUAGAGUAACAAUAAAUCGUUCUCGAGAACGUAAGAACAUUGCUACAAAUUUUCAAUGAACUAAAACUGGCUGGAACAUAAGACGCUUGGGAAAUAAAGAGGAAACGUGCCGCGACGAAGUUCGUGGAAUCAUCGGGCGGCAGGGGAAACGUGUGAUGUAUGUGAUACAAUAGGGAAAUGGAGGAGCGUACAUCUCGUAGGACUUGAGUGAUUUAUACGGCGAAAUAUAUGAAAAACAAGCGUGCGUGAGACAUGUUCCAAUGUCCGAAUUCUAACUGGCGCCAGAAGCCCGCGAGUCUACGGUUCGGCAACGCACGGACCGUCCCAUCGUAGCAAUUUUUAUCGCAAUCAACCGAACGUAUUUGAUCAAUUUGGACACCCGCUACAAUCCGGCGUGUUCCGCAACGCGAACGAGACUCGUAAAUAAGGCUUAAUGACAUGACUCAUACGGCGCAUCGAUUUGAACGUACAUAGACAAGCACAUACACGCACUAUAUAUUAAUAUAUUAAUAAUAAUUACACAUAUAAUGUAUUAAUAUAUAUUAAUAUUAAUAUUAUAUAUAUAUA